AUGCGAGCUGCAUUGUUGUGGACUAUUAAUGAUUUUUCUGCAUAUGGAAUGUUAUCUGGAUGGAUGACAGCAGGCAGGCUAGCAUGUCCAUACUGUAUGGAACGAACCAAGGCAUUCCAAUUAAAAAAUGGGAGAAAGCCAUCAUGGUUUGACUGCCACAGACAAUUCUUGCCAAAUAAUCACAUGUUUAGAAGAAACAAGGAUGCAUUCUAUAAGAAUAGAAUUGAGAGAUCAGAACCUCCGCCAAGAUUGACUGGAGAGCAAAUAUGGUAUAUAGUUCAGAAUUAUGAUAAGAUAAGUGAUGUUGAGCAACUUGAGAUAGAAGGAUAUGGAAGUACGCAUAAUUGGACCAAAAGAAGCAUAUUUUGGGAUUUGCCUUAUUGGCGUCAUAAUUUAAUCCGUCAUAACCUUGAUGUAAUGCAUAUUGAGAAGAAUGUAUUUGAUAAUAUAUUCAAUACUGUCAUGGACAUCAAAGAGAAGACUAAAGAUAAUACAAAGGCUAGAAUGGAUCUGUCAUUAUACUGCAAGAGAAAAAAUUUAGAACUGCCAAAACAAAGUGGAGGUAAAAUUAUAAAACCCAAAGCAAACUACACAUUUACCCUCCAGCAAAAGAGGGCAAUAUGUGAAUGGGUGAAAGAGUUAAGGAUGCCUGAUGGGUAUGUUUCAAAUUUAGGGAGAUGUGUUGACAUGAAAGAGGGCAAGUUAUAUGGAAUGAAAAGUCAUGAUUGUCAUAUAUUUAUGGAACGUUUACUGCCAAUUGCUUUUAGUUCAUUGCCAGAGCAGAUCUGGAAGCCAAUAACAGAGUCAAGUCAAUUCUUUCGAGAUUUGUGCUCAACAUCGUUACGAGAAGAUGUUCUAAAUAAGCUAGAAGAAAAUAUUCCAAUUGUGCUAUGCAAGCUAGAACGUAUUUUUCCUCCUGGAUUUUUUGACUCAAUGGAACAUCUACCUAUUCAUUUGCCAUUUGAAGCAUUGCUUGGUGGUCCUGUGCAAUAUAGAUGGAUGUUUCUCCAUCAUCUUAAAAAAAAGGUCAAGAACAAAGCACAUGUUGAAGGAUCUAUCGUUGAAUCAUACCUAAUUGAGGAGAUUUCUUACUUUUGUGAGUACUAUUUUAACCAAACUAGCAUCGAUGCAAAGCAAAAUGAUGAAGGUGAUGAUUCAAUUGAGCAAAAUUUGUCUAUUUUUAAUUUGCCUGGUUGUUUGGCUGGUGAAUGCAAAACUCGUUAUUUAGAUGACAAAGAAUUCAGUGCAGCCAUGAAUCAUAUACUAAUAAACUGUGAUGAAAUUAAGCCAUAUAUUGAGAUCUUUGUGGAUUUCAUACGCCAAGAUCAUAUUACUUUAAGUGAUGAACAAGUUGAUCAAUUUAUUGAAGCGGAUUUUGCAGAAUGGUUUAAAAAUUAUGUUUAUGAUCCUUUAAAUAAUGUGACAGAUUCGAAUAUUCAUUCCUUGGCAUGGGGUCCUUUGAGAAUUGUUAAAUGUUGGCCUAUUUACAAAGUCAAUGGCUUCAAGUUUCACACAAGAUCUCACUCAAGUGGAAAGUCAACUCAAAAUUAUGGAAUAUGUGUCAAAGGCACAGGUUAUGGUGAAUAUGAAAAUGAUUUCUAUGGCCUGCUUAAUGAAAUUAUCCAAGUUGAGUAUACUGGGCUACCACUAAAAAGAGUUGUACUAUUUAAAUGCGAAUGGUUUGAUCCCACGAUUGGCAAAGGAACAAAGGUAAACAAAGAGUAUGGAAUCAUACAGAUUCGAAAGAAUCGACGAUAUGGUAAAUAUGAUCCAUUUAUCAUUGCACAUAAAGCAAUUCAAGUAUAUUUUGCACCUCAUUCAAUGAGCAACACCAAGGAAAAAGCAGAAUGGUGGUUUGUAUUCAAGACUAAAGCAAGAGGUGAGAUUGAGAUUGAAACAACGGAGGAUUUUGCAUAUCAAGAAGAUGGCACAAAUCAAUCUAACAAUCAUAUCUCAAAUGAUAUUGAUAUUGUUGUUGAUUUACUGGAUACCAAUAACGAAGAUAUGGAUGAGGAUGAGAAUGAAGACGAGGACGACGACGAGAACAAUGAGGAUGAAAAUCAAAAUGAAUAG